CGGAUACAACACAGCGUAAAGACCACCAACAAAUCAACUACAGACGCGGAGCAGAACCAAGUCGACCGGAAAGAUGAAGCUGAGGCUCCGCCUUCCGUCGCAGAAAGACAAGCUGCGCAGCCAUCUUCAGAGCGCACUUGACGACUCGUUGGGCAAACUACCGGCGCACGAUCGAAUGCAACUUCUUGGUAAGUCUUCAGGUUGAUGUACCUAUAUUUGAACUAACAACGACUCGUAGACGACCUAUGCUUCCUGUUGCGCAGCCCUCUCUACCUCUACGCUAUCGCCCCACGUAUAUGGCGCGCGACUGCCACAUCGGAGCGCGACGCAACCGGCCUCAUGACGCCUAAUUCGCUAGCCGAGGAACGCGUGAAGGAAAAAGGCAUCGGAAUAUCAGCACUCAACAUGAGAGUCGGGUGGGAUGGCGAUAGCUGGGCCACCCAACUGCUCUAUGAGGACGUUCCGCUCAUCGAAGGACGACAAUAUAAAACAACGCAAAAGGCCGGCUUCGCUCUAAGCUUCCAUUGGUUCUGCGAAGAGGCGAGGUUUUUGGGCUGCGAGUUUCACGCUCGUGAGCAAGUUGCGAUGGUGGCGCGGAAUCAUGCUGUCGAUACGGAUCUGAUCGAGGUGGAAGGCCGCCAGACGCGCGCGAAAAGUGCGGGAAAGAAGGAGCAUCGCAUUGUCAAGUUGAGUAUAAGGUAUAAGAUGGUUCAAGGCAAGCCAGAGCUGACGAAGAAGGUGAGUUAGUCGAAGAGGUAUGCGGUGUGCCAGGGGAGCGCGAGCCGAACGGGUUCGCCGAGAUAUGUGGGGUUCGAAGGCUUUGCCAUGGUAUUACACU